AUUGUCUUAUGGGCUAUGGGCCCAGAGGAGCUGUGGUCCAUUGAAACGAGAGAGAGAGAGAGAGAGAGAGUAGUGGGCAUUGGGCAAAAUAGAAUAUCCAAACUAUCUCCCCGUCCUUUUUAUUCCUUCCCUCUUUCUCCCCUUCUCUUCCUUUCUUCGUUCCAUCCCACGAAAGUCUCCUGUGGAAGCAUUCUCAAAUGUAAAAGUUCUCCCCAAUUCACGCCUUUCUUACACGGUCUUUCAUUGCCGACUUUGGAGAUGAAUAAAGAACGGCAACCAGAGCCUCUGGAUUUCUUCAUUUGGACUGUUGAGGAUGUUGGUUUGUGGUUGGAAGAGAUAAACCUUGGUAGCUAUCGCCAAAUUUUUGAAGAUAAUGGUGUCAAUGGAGAGUACUUGGAGAGCUUGUCUAUGUUCACCACUGAACAAAUCCUCCGGUUUAUAAGGAGGUGCCACAUGAAAUGGGGUGACUUCAUCACACUUUGCAAGGAACUCAGACGCAUUAAAGUGGCUUGCUUGAAAGGGGAGCAAGAAAUACGGCGACCAUGGUGGGCUCCAUCCUGCCUCUCAGCAGUUUUUGUUAAGGUGGCAAAGCGCAAUAGACAGUCUAGAGUUGUUUCAUUAAAGCUGGAACCAUGAUGCAAAUGUGGUUUGUAUAAACCUUAUAUUCCAAGCUUGUGUCCUCUUUUUCUCGGUUCCCUUUCUGCUAAUCUUCUCCACCUUCUGGUCAAAGGGGUAGAGAAAAGGAAGAGAAAAUGAAAAAGUGGUCUGCUGAACUUGAAGAGCAGAACAAUAUGACGAACCAAGGAGAUUGCGGUUGAUUUAUAUAAAUAUGCUUUAAACAUUAUCAUGUUACAGAUUCUGAGUUUCUGCUGGAAGUUCUCAAUUAAGAAUUCAGUAAUUGAAGGAUUGAUUAACAGAAUUAAUGUUUAUCAUCAACUGUGUAUCCUGGCAGAUGGAUCGCAGUAACUGGGAGAACAAAUUUUUGCCUCUAUCUCGGAUCAUCACAGGAUGAUAUUGUAUUGAUCAUUUGGUUUAGAAAUUUGUAUCAAAUUUUACAUUGUUUCCCAUUCGCCUCUGUAGACUUGAACUCAGAAAAGAAUCCUGCUUUCUUGGGUUUA